AUGAAGAAGCUCCUGCUGCCGUUGCAAGCCAGUCUGCUGGCGAGCCAGUGGCUCGACCCCGCGGGCGUCGGAUGGCAACAAAUGGAGGGGCUGCCGCCAUGGCAGCCCCACACAGGCAGCAUUGCAGCACCGCUGUCGGAUGGCAGCAUGCUUCUGAUCGGAGGGCAAGCAGGAAGGCAUGGCGGUGCAAACUUCGACUGCUUCAACUGCACAAAUGAAGUGUGGCACUUCAAGCAUCAGACUGCAGAAUGGAAGAACCUUACUGAGGAUGUACCCUGGGACCCUCGCUGGGGGCAUUCUGUUAUCACCAAGGCGGAUGACACGGUGAUGCUCUUCUUUGGAUGCUGCGAGAGAGGCAAGCCCACCGUCAUGCUGCGCGACGUUUGGUCAUUCAAUCCGUUGAAGGGGCUUGGAUGGAGCAAGAUGGAGACACAGCCUCCAUUUGAGGGAAUCCAGGCAACCUCUGCGGCCUUGACAGGAAGCCACAUUUGGUUCGUUGGCGGCUGGUCACAGUUCCGCGGGACUCUUUCUCAGGUGGUUGUAUUUGAUCUGGACACGUUGAAGUGGAUUGUCAAGAGCAAAGAGGGAGAAGCGCCAUGGGAUUCUCGGGCAGACCAUGCCACCGCCAUUUCACCAGACGGCGCUUGGCUGGUGAUGUUCGGAGGGCAGCAUGCAAAAGACGAGGGAAGGCAGUGGAAGCGAUGUGAAGACACAUGGCGUGUUCCUUUGCCAAGUGGUUUGGCAUCCGAGUGGCAGCGCAUUGGCGACCUGCCCUCGGCUCGCAGUUCUCCUGGUGUGAUGGUGCUUCGAAGCGGCUGGCUGAUUACGCUGGGCGGACAUUGGACACCUCCCACGGAGAAGAUCAACGCCAAGAACCAGGCCGACCGUGAGGCUAUGGAAAAGCACCACGAGGAGACUGAGUUCAAAUCGUACAAUGAUGUAGUAGCGCUGGAUCUCAACACUGCCAGCAAAGCAUGGACAAUCUUGGAGAAAGAGGCCCCGUGGCCCUCGCGGGAUGAUGUGGCUGUAGGCGUUACAGUGGAUGACACCAUUCUCAUUUUCGGCGGGGGAACAAUGUAUGGUGGCGGAGGCUAUCAUCAGGACGUUUGGCGAUUGGAGAAGGCCUCACAGCGGUACAAGCUUCCGAAGCCCCACCAGGAGCUUUGA